CAGUUCAGAGACAAUAAAGAUAUAUAAGUUUUAAUAAAAAAAGACGUCGUCAGAUCGUAAUGUAAACAUGAUUCGACGUGUCUGUUUGAUUUUUUAGCCACAAAUGAAACAGAUAAGACAAAAAGAAUCUCAUUGGUUUUAGUCAUAAAGUUAAGCGUGAACCGAAUUAUAUAUUGUUUUUUCUUCUUCUCCCACUAUCAAUCUGUAUGAGUCUCAUUGGGUAUAACGAUGAAUUUGAGCGGUGCAGUAAAAAUUAACAAAUGUGGCGUUUUAAUUUUAAGUGUAUGUGUAGUUAUUGUGUUUUAUUAUUUGUUAUUCAAUAAUUCAAUGGGUUCACAUCGUUUUCGAUCGCAUGGAUUUCUCAUACGAAAUCCAAAUGAGGUUGAUUUACGGAAAUUAUUGAUCGGUAGCAUACAAGCAGCUCAAUAUGGUGGUUUAGAAGUGCUUUCGGUGGCCGAUGCUGAUAAUAUUCAUGCAAAAACUAAAGGCCGUACAAAAGAAGGUGCCAAUGAUCCGCUUACAAAUGCCGAUCUCAAAUCGCAUUGUGUCAUGGAACAGGGACUCAAACGACUGUUUAGCACAGUGACCAUCAUUUCGGAGGAAGAUGUUCAUGCUGACUGUUCGGAGACAAGCCACUUUGAAUUGGAUCCAACCGUUAUCGAUGAAGACAUUCAUCUGCAAGAUGAUUUCUUGGUUAAUGCUGAUGAUGUCACCAUUUGGAUCGAUCCACUCGAUGCAACUCAAGAAUAUACAGAAAAUCUAUUCCAAUAUGUUACGACAAUGGUUUGCGUGGCGAUUCGCGGUGAACCGGUCAUUGGUGUUAUACACAAUCCAUUUUCGCAGAAAACCUUUUGGGCGUGGAAAGAUGUUGCUGUUUCAGCAUCGCUGCGAAAAGUAAAAGAUGAACCAGUCAACAAAAUGGCAGCUGUAAAAAAUCCAAAAAUUAUCGCAUCUCGAUCACAUUCAGGCGAUGUUGAACAUUUGAUAAAAAUGUCAUUUGGCGAGAAUACACCAAUCGAGUUGGCGGGCGGCGCUGGUUAUAAAGUGUUGCAAGUUGUGUUUGGUAAUGCAACCAAUUACGUUCACUUGACGGAGAUUAAAAAGUGGGAUUUAUGCGCUGGCAAUGCCAUAUUGAGUGCACUCAAUGGCCAAAUGACGUCGCUUAAAAACCAACCGAUUUUGUAUGAACGCGAUCCACAAACGUUCGUAAAUAAGGAUGGUGUCAUUGCUUCAUUACGAAAUCAUCCGUAUUAUGCAGGAAAAGUUUACGAUUAUUUACAACAUUCGCAAAUGAUCAAAUCAACGAAUUCGAAAUAAAUCAAUUCGCUCACGCGUGAAUACAGUUUGUGAUUUCAAUCGAAUAAAACAUACAAGAUAUUGGAUUAAGUGCUCUUCAAUUUUAAGAGACCAAAUGGACAUUUAAUAUGUGAACACUGGACAGUGAAUGUUUGAUUUUUAUUCAUGUGGAGCUGUGUAUUGCCAUAAAAUUUAAGAGAUUUAUUUGUAAUCGUGGACGUUCAGACAAGUUAAGAACUCAAUAAAUUCGUUUGUAGGCAGCUUUUACAAUUUUUCCGAACAAAA